GUCCAGUCAUGUCGCGCACCCGUUCCGGUAACUGCCCCGGCUGCGAGGACAAGUCCCAAGAAGUCGACCGCCUGUCGAAAACGGACACCAGCCAGUCCCGCCAGAUCGGCAUUCUGACUCGACAGCCUGAGACCACCUAGACCACAGUUUAUAGCCUGGUAGAGACAAUCGAAGACGAGAAUAUCAAAUACGAGGCUCGUAUGAACGACCUAGAGAACAACAAUGAGACGCUGGAGGCGAAGAACAAGGCCUUGGAGGAGGAGAACCUCACACAGCUUGCUGAGUUGCUGCGCCUAUCCGGUUUUGAAGAAAAAGUGCUGCAGUUGCGCGAGGCACUUGCCAUAAAGAAGCAGGCCGACAGAGAAACCAGGCAGCAACAGUUGAAACACGCGCUCGAGAAGCAGACGAAGUACCAGCAGAUCAUCGCAACCCUGUCUAGGGGUGGGCAGGCUGGAGAAGCUAGGGUAGGCGUCAUGGAGAUCGAAGGCAACGACCAUAUGGUGAAGCAGAACAUGCAUAGUGUGCAUGUCUUGUUCGCACAGACGCAUCGCAACGCCCUAAACGACGAAGAAUAA